AUGAUGUGUGAUUGCUGAUAUAAUGUGACCAUGUAUAAUGUACAGAUAGGUAUAGCUUCGUGCAACUCUCCAGUCUUGAGCUUGAGUGUCGUUCAUCAAAAAUUGGUUACUUGUGGUUAGGGAAAAGGAGGACGAGUUAACAGUUUCUUACUAUGCUCCUGUCUCUCCCUCUUCUCCUUCCCUCCCUCUCUCCUCUCUCUCCAACGAGGUAUUCUCUGAGGGACCGUCACAGUUGGUAGAUGCAGUGAUGACCAACGAUUUCUCGUCCAUUCUCGUUCGCUGUGUCCACCUCUUUCUAGACCUCCCUCCUCCCUCUCCUCCCACAAAACCAAGAUCACUGUCCGGUGAUAGUCGGUCGUCUCCCAAGACUGAGGCAAGGCCGACUGGUGCCGUCGGAAGUGAAAUUGACAGAGACGCUGACCCAGAGAUCCGGCAGGCCCAGAGAACGACGCUGCAGCGACUCCUGACGUCCAUGCUCACCCACCUCUGUCGGCACGCCUCUGCCGUGGAGUGUCUGAUGAAGUUCAACGAUCUCGCCUUGCUCUUCGGGGCCAUCUCGUCUCCCUGUCUCCCCUACAACAGGAUAUGGAGAAAGUCUGCUGCUGACUGCCUUCUUGCCAUCUUCAGACACUCGCUCAGCAGUGAGGUGAUCAACUAUGUCCACACUAAGGGCUGCAUUGGAUUCUGUAUCCGAAACAUAAAACUCUCGGUGGACCAACCUCCCCUGGACCUGGUCGAGAUCUUUGCCACCAUCUUCUGCUGUCUCAAAGACUCCUCUGACAUGUCACAGGUAUUGAUCGAGGAUUUCGCGGCCCAUGGCGGACACAAGUUUCUGUUUGACUACCUGCUGUACCUGGAGAGGAAGGGAGACGACGAUGCUAGGGAGGCAGUCAGGAAUAUGGUGUUCCUCAUAUCUGGACUUGUCACUGCCGGAUUUCAUCCUGUGGAGCUGUCAGUUACUGAAGUUGGUCCGUUUCAAGCAGAAGAUUUCUCCAUCCCGAGAUCUGUUGGCCCUGGGUCAAGUGUGCGGAACGUAAACAUAUUCCUGGUCCUGCAAGACGCCUUCAUUCAGAGCCGGUCGUCUCACCUCGGGAAGACACUCCUAGACACCAUUCUCAGCAUCUACCGCAGUGACCCGGUCAACUACUUCGUCCUCGAGUCACAGAGAACGUUGCCGACAUUCCUGGAGAUCUCCCCAGAGAAACAGCAGCCAGUCCAGAAACAGAUGUUUCAAGCUGUUGGAGCACGUGAUGGUGGACCUCAACUACGUCCCCAUACCGGAACUGACUAGUCUCGGGCUUCUCCUGCAGCAGAGAGAGUAUCAAAAGACAGUUUGUCUUGGGUUCAACUUUCUCCUUCGACUCAUUAGCCACACUGCCAGAUACAAAGACGUCUUCAGAGAGGUGGGCAUUCUGCAAGUCUUGGUCCGUGAUCUCGAGACCUACAUCACAGAUCUCAGAGAAAAUGAGGAGGAAGAUGAUCAACCUGACACUCACAGUGAUCUAGUAUCUCCAAGUCUCCCUCUCAAAGAGCUGCAGGGUGACAGCGGAGAGUACAUCUUCCUCCUCAUGGAGUGCCUCAGGGCCACCAUCGAAGGCAACAUUCAGAAUGGGCAGGUGUUUCGUGAGUUGGGUGGGUCUAGACUGACUCUGGAGCUGGUCACCUACCACAAACCUCGACGGAUGGCUCUUCGACUGAUCACCCAACUAAUACUGCUACCUGAUGGCUCAGUGGACUUCAACUCUCUACUGGACCAGCUCAACUGCUCUGCACAGACAGCUGUCUCGGUCAAGAGUGAGAUCCUGCACAGUGUCCUGAGGGUCUUUCAGCUGGAUUCUCAGAAAAAGGCGGUUUUCAGGGAAGUGUGUGGAUUCCACUACCUCAUCUCCACUCUGGCUAGCCUCAUUGGGAGCCUGGCUCCACGAAGAUCGUCACCAUGGGUGGGAGUUCUCCGCAGCGAGGUGUUGAAACUGGUUCAACUUGUGUUUGUGGUCCUGAUGUCUGCCAUGCAAGACGACCCAGCCAACAAGAUGUUCUUUGAGACAAAUAUUCGGUUCCAGAGUUUCACGGCACCUCUCCUGCUACUGGGCUGUUUCUCUCGCCACAUAACCCUCUUCCCUCCCUCGCUGAGCGAGGAGGACGGCGACAUAUCCUCCAGCCCCGGGUUCCAAUCCUUUGAGGCAGAGUUCAAGACCUGGCAACAGCCGGGAGAGAAACUGGACGAAAACUCGUUUGUCUUCUCGGCGGCCGAGGUGUUUCGGUUCCUGCGCGACAUGGCUCUGGAUAUCCCCAUGACUCAGUCUACGUCUCUACUCCAGGUGGGGUCUCAGAAGAGUGCGUUUAUGACGGUGCCGUCUCGCGUGACUGGCCACCUGGUGCACCCCGGAGCUGUCCUCUGCAUGGUGGACCUUCUCCCCAGUGUGCACAUGAAAACACAGACCAUGGCUGACGAGGAGGAGGAGGAGGAGGAAGAGGAAGAAGAAGAAGAUGGAGAAGAAGAAGGAGAGUUCUCCAGCUGCCAUGAAGGAAGACCACAAGUUGUACCGAACUGUAACUGUACCGUGGUCGUCAAUGGAAGGACCACUGUGGACCACCAGGAGACCAUACCGAACCAUCAGAACCACAGGGGGAAGGGGUCAGAUGUGGAAAUGUGUGAAACAUCGUCACUUGGCAGUUAUGGGGAGGAGAGUGAGACUGAUGAGGAGGAGUUGAGAGAAUCAAUGGGUGUGUCUCAGAGGAAGAGACUGGAGAGAAACUACUGCAAAAUGCCUCCCUGCGAGGCCAGGAAGUGGUGUGUGUUUCUCCAAGAGCGAGUGGUGACUGAGAUCUUCUCCAUGGCCAUGACCGAGAGAAACCAGCAGGCUCUCUGCCAGGUGAACCUACCUCAGCGUAUCCUCCAGCGAUGUGGCUCGGUCCUGGCUAACGAGGCACACCCUCUCCAUCAAGCUCUUGAGAGAACUUUCGAAAGACUCUCCUACCAGUCCCUCACUCCCUCCAACUUCAGGUGUGUUUCAGCUAGCAUUCUGCCUCUGACUUCUGCUGCACAGCAAAACACAGCAAGCCUAGCCUUCUGUUACCUCCUCUUACUUAGGGUACUUUUGUGUACCAAACCUCCCUUACAUAGCGCAUCCUGAGUUUUUAAAAAUAUCUCACUUGUACUUUCUUCUAUAAAAAUA